CCAUGAUUUGCGCAGUGAUCGACCCAACUUGAAGUCAGGUAUUUAUUUAACAAGAACUUUGGCUUAACUACCAGAAGUUAUUCCGAAUCCGUACCCGUACCUGAAACGUUCAUCACAUGCCAGGGGUUAUGGCCCUGCUUCCAUUUUCGGUUUCUCAACCAGACUCGCUCACUACUACCCUCAUUUAUACGCAGUGAUCAGCGUGGAAUGGCUGCCCCCGAUGGCCAACUCGUCAUCCAGCACACUGGCAAAAUGCGAAAGCAGCAUCCCGCCGUCGCUGCGCCCGCUGGUGCGAGCGUACCUGCUGGGAUGCGCCACCAGCAUCGGACCGAGGCUGCUGGGCCUGCUGCUCCAAUACGGCCCGCGGCUCACCAGCCAACGCAAACCGGCGAACGCGACACGCGACACACACCGCACACAGCAUGACGAGCCGUUUCUGGCCGCCCUGCGGCGCAUCCUCGCGCGCGCGCUUGAUUUGCACGGGUUUCCCGCUUUCUGCGCCGCUCUGGUCGGAGGCAGCACGCUGCUCGAGGCAAGGCCGCCACAACCGUCCCCCUAUUAGGUCACACCACGCCUGCGCGUCGCUAACGCGGCCGGCGUUUGCGUCCAGCUUCCGCUCCGAGACAUCCUCGACCGCCUUGCCAAGGAUCUCUCCGAGAAGUCUCGGAAGAGGUGAAGCACCCUCCCUCCUCGCGUUUCCCUGCCACAGCCCUCUUUGUUUUGCACCGCUG